AUGCCUACCACCUUCUCAGACAUCACAUCUGCUUCUGUUCACGAUGCUAUCGCUCUACUCACCGAUAACUUGGUGAACAUUAAAGACACCACUGGAGAGUUUCUCAUGACCCUCCCCGACGGCCGCAUAAUCGACACCAAGGGCUGGAAUGACUGGGAGUGGACACAUGGAGUUGGUCUUUACGGCCUCUACAAAUACCAGAACUUGACCUCCUCACCAUCUACCCUCAAGAUAAUACAAGACUGGUUCGCAAACCGCUUCGCAGCGGGUGGCACAACUAAGAACAUCAACACCAUGGCCGCGUUUUUGACACUCGCGUAUCUGUAUGAGGAGACAGGCGAGAAGACAUAUUUGCCUUGGUUGGAUGCAUGGGCAGAAUGGGCCAUGUACGAUCUCGAGAGGACAGAAUAUGGAGGCAUGCAGCAUAUCACUUACCUCACACCAAAUACCCAACAACUCUGGGACGACACUCUCAUGAUGACGGUCCUCCCACUUGCCAAAAUCGGGAAAGUGCUCAACAGACCACACUAUGUUGAAGAAGCGAAACGACAAUUCCUCAUCCACAUCAAGUAUCUUUUUGAUCCUACCUCAGGACUGUGGUUCCAUGGCUGGCAAUUUGAUGAGAGUGCCGAGGGAGGGGUUGGUCACAACUUUGCCCGUGCAAGGUGGGCGAGAGGGAACUCUUGGAUCACAAUUGUCAUCCCAGAAUUUAUCGAGCUUUUAGAUCUUGCUCCUACCGAUCCACUACGAAUCCAUCUCAUCGACACAUUAGAAGCACAAUGCCGUGCCCUGAAGAGAUACCAAGACAAGUCGGGACUCUGGCGGACACUACUCGACCAUUCCGAUGAAGGAUCAUAUCUCGAGUCUUCUGCCACCGCUGGCUUUGCGUACGGCAUCCUGAAGGCAGUACGGAAGAAAUAUAUCAGUGCGGAAUAUGAGGAGGUUGCUGUGCGGGCUGUGAAGGCAGUCAUGGCUAAGGUCAGUGAGCAGGGGGAGUUGAUGGAUGUAAGUUUUGGAACAGGAAUGGGCGAGACACACCAGUUUUACAAAGAUAUCAAGAAAACAAGUAUGCCUUACGGACAAGCGAUGGCAAUCAUGUGCUUGGGAGAGUUUUUAAGGAAGUUUUUGUAG